GUUUACGGAAAUAGCCGAGUGCUCCCUGUUAACCUUGAGACUAAAGAUGACAUGAUUUAGGCAUCCGCAAAGGGCACAGGCUAUAAAAGUCUGCUUAUCUUCUUCUUACUCUCAAUCCUUCCAAUCCUUCAAUUUGAACUCAGAAACUAUCUCCCUAAAGAGUUACUCUUAUCCAACUAUUGCAAAAAUGCAUACUUCAACCUUCUUCUCCUCUCUGCUUGCCCUAGCAGCCACCGUCGAGUCCCUCAAAUUCACCGGCCCCAGCACAUCAUCACCUCUCGACUUAUCGAAGGAAAUCACCGUCACCUGGAGCGAGAGCAACUCAUCAGAGCAUAAAACCUGGCCCACAUUUAACCUUGAAUGGUUCUCUCAGCCCACUGACCUGAGAAGCUUCGGCUUCGAAAUCGACACCGGCGUAAACGUUUCUGCAGGACAAUACAAGUUUACUCCUGGCCGGAACACCAUCAGCACCCUUCGGCCGUUUGCCGCCCAGCUAUCUGAGAACAAGACAUUUUCAUUUAGAGCGGUCUUUAUGAAUGAGAGCGAUGUGGUUUUCGAGACUGAGAGUGGUAAAUAUAGUGUUGUUGGGUUGGAUAAAGUUACAAAUGCUGGAAAGGCAGUAGGGCUUGAAUGGGGAGUUUUGGCGUGCGGACUUGUGGCAGUGAGCUUUUUCAUGAUCUAAGAUUUAUAAUGGGUACAAGAAGGAUAGCUAAGUGUUAAUGAACAAAUAUUUGUAUGAAGGAUAGAGGAUGCGUGUAAAAAGCAGUUUCGCCAUGACUUUGGUCCAAUCAACAACUGCUUGACGGUAGCAUGUCUGUUCACGCGAGAACAGCCGG